CGAGUCGUGCCGACACGGGUUUUGCUCUCUGCACGUGCAGCAGCCGGGCAGUAGAUCAAUGAUAGGAAGUCGGGGGAAGUAGAUCUACUCAGUCUCUGGGCCUUGACUGAUUUGGCUUGAAACCAGUAUAAUUAUAGUGCUAGGUAGUAGGGACCAAGGACAGGUAUUAUCUACCUGUAAAUGAAAACUAACUAAAAGGCUUGCAUGAAUACCCAAACCGGCAAUCCACGUAGUUAGUCUGCCUGGUGGUAUUUCUCCUGACCAGAGUUACUAGGAAAGCCUAGAAACAGUGGAAGUAAAUCUACGUCUGGCUGCUCUGUGUAGCGACGAAAGCAUGCGACGGAUUGCCUUCAUACUGCUCCCGUUCUUGGCGGUUGGAGCGUGUGCGCUGACUUGUGAAGAUCUGGAUUUGCUGUGCAGCGGUGGUCACCCGAUCGAGUUCUCCUACACUCUCAAUCAGUCUGCGAUACCUAGCUUUGAUGGAAGCGCGUACAUCUGGGCUAAGACUGGAACCGUGAUCACCAGCAAGACUUCCACCAUCCACUGUCAGGAAUACACUACGUACUUGCUGGUCACGAGCAGCGGAAUACCCAACCACAACGUCGGCAAGUUCCCGUUCACGCAAAGUACAGUUGGAAGGCAACACGGGGAUAAUCCCAACACGAUUGCGGCUCAGCACUACCAGUGGAAGAUCCCAAAGACUCCAGUGAAGAAAGCCACAGUGCCAGCACAGAACAUCAUGCAAAACACGAAAGCUAUGCCGAUGGGCCCCAUUGGCUUUGCCCUGAAUGGUGUGCCCUUCUUCAAUCCGUAUAACAAGAACGAUCAGGAUGCCAUGAAUCCAACCAGCGGCGGCUUUGAAGUCAUGGAUUUGUGCUACGGCCAUCCGCAGAUGGUUGGGGCAUAUCACUACCAUCACCAAGCCCCAAAGGCUGGAUGUUUGUUCACCGACACACCUGGAAAGCACUCGCCCAAGAUCGGAUAUGCGUUUGACGGCAUCCCCGUCUACGGACCACUGAGCGACAACGGCGUCAAACCCACCGACCUUGAUAUCUGCAACGGCCGUACCCAUCCGACCAAGGGUUACAUCUACCACAUAACGGAGCUCAAGCCGCCGUACAUCAUCGGAUGCUACCGUUAUCAGGUGACUGAUAUGGUGCCCCGUGGCACCAUCAGUACAGCCGGGGGCACACAGGUCCAAGCUCAGUCCACGUCCUGCUCUGCGAAGAUUGGACAAACGGCAACGAAAUCCACUGCCACGACUCGCAGCACAGUGGCCAGCAACAAACCAAGCACUGUAGGACCAACAAGUAAAGGCAUGCCACCACCUCCAUCCUCCACUUCUAGGCAGCACCCACCACACAGUCGACCACAGCCGACGGGUACAGGCAGCCGCAGACAUCCACCGACCACUCCUGUGUACACCGGGACGGGAAGCGGCCCCUUCCGCACGUCGCCAUCUCACCACGGAACAGGCACUCGCACCGGCACUCGCACCGGCACUCGCCCGAUCCGCACUCGCCCAGGACCGUCCACACCUGCGUUCACCGGCACUGGAUCUCGUCCGUACAGAACCCGACCUGGCCGCACCACAUCUGCGUUCACCGGAACUGGAUCACGUCCGUACAGAACCCGACCUGGCCACACCACACCUGCUCAUACGGGUACUGGCUCGAUGCCAAACAUGGGUACUGGCAGUCGUCACCACCACGGCACACCAACAGGUGCCCCUGCUACGCACAAGGUCACCGGCAAUGGUGUUUCCGGUGGUAACCAAGCUGUUACUACACCGAUAGGCGCAGCCGCGAAGAGCAAGUCACCAACCAUAUUGAUUGUUGGUAUUGUGGCUGGUGUUGCUGUGGCUGUUACCGCCAUCAUCGCCAUUAUUUUCACCAAGAGGAGAGCGCGUGUGCUACCAGCCAUGGCUCUCAGUGAGUGUGUUCGAUCACUACCAUCAAUCAAUUCAUGA